AUGAAAGUGGAAGGCGAUAAUUUUAUGCCAGCGAACGGCGAUCAUGCUUGCGUCCGAGAUGAACCCAAUGCCUACUGCUUUUUAGCGGGUGAUAUCCGAGUGAACGAGAAUCCCCUUCUCUCUACCAUCCAUACUGCAUUUGUACGCUUCCAUAACAUCCUAGCGGAAAGGUUCCAUGGCAGCCUGGGGGACGAGGAAAUCUACCAGAAGACGAGACAAAUCAUUGGCGCUAUCAUUCAACGCAUCACUUAUGAUUCGUGGCUACCAAGUGUAUUGGGGCCUACGAUCAUGACGCAGUACGGUUUGAAUCUGACCUCAUCAUACUCGUAUAAUGAUACUAUCGACCCAGGUAUGCUAAUUGCUGUGACGACAGCAGCAUACCGGUACGGACACACUCUUAUAAGGAAUAUUAUAAACCACGUUGAUGAAGACGGCACCAUUUCAAAGACCGAUGAUUUGACGGAUAUGUUUUUCGCUACCCAUUCAGUAUUUGAUGACGUCGAUGGAAUCGCAAGGGGCAUGUUUUACAGUCCGGCAUCUUUAUCCGAUCGUUUUUUCGCCUCUGCCAUUGAUAGGCAUCUAUUUGGGAAUUUAGAUCUGAGCGCUUUAAACAUCCAGCGUGGCAGGGAUCAUGGUUUACCUGGCUAUGUAGAAUACCUGGAAUUAUGUUUUCCGUCAUCACCAAAACCAACAAAUUUCAGAGAGCUUUACAACCAUAACACCACACUCAAGAAAGUCUUGUUCGAUGCGUACAGUGGUCUGUCUGUUGAGGAUAUCGAUCUAAUUGUGGGAGGAAUGACGGAGGACAAUGUUCCGGACGGACAUGUUGGUCCACUCUUUGCUUGUUUGCUGGGGAGACAAUUCCAGGCGCUCAGAAAUGGAGACCGCUUUUGGUACCAAAACAUUCUCAGUGAUGAGCAACAGCGUAACGUGGAAAAGGUGGCGUUAUCAAAGGUAUUUUGCGAGGCAUUCGAUCUAGACGAAGUUUCAGAAGACGCCUUCCUUCUUCCCGAGUUCACUUCCCUGAAAAAGUGCUCUGAACUGGAUGAUAUUGACGUGGAUCUCUGGAUGGACUGA